AUGGCCAUCCUUUCCAAAAUCCGUCCAUCUGAUGCUCGUCUCGCACAAUUCGCGAAAACAUAUGCACAACAUCGCCCCAUUGUGCAACGCUCGUUAACAGUGGGAUUCGUACUAUAUGUUCUGGGUUCAACGUAUCGGGGCUUAUCCGCGCGGCCAGCGAGCAAAGGGCCAAGUAAAGGGAAAGGGAAGGGAACGGUCCAAGGGAAGGACGGGAAGGUAGAGAGUGGAAAGUCCACACGCGUGGCGGUCGAUGCUGUAUUCUACCAACGCUUGGCCACUAUCCUCCGCAUCGUUAUCCCGAGUAUACACUCCAAGGAGGCCCUCCUGCUCUUGAUGCAUUCAAGCCUUCUCGUAUUCAGAACCGCCAUAUCAUUAUACGUAGCUGCCCUUGACGGAAAGAUUGUCGCCAGUCUCGUUCGCGGACAAUCAAAGCAAUUUCUUUUCAACAUUAUACGUUGGUUGCUCGUUGCCGUACCCGCGACAUGGACUAAUAGCUGGCUGAGCUACGUUCAAAACAAGCUUGCCAUAGCUUACCGUACUAGACUCACUAACGAAGUUCUCAAGCAAUAUCUCGGUGAGGAGAGCGAGGGCCCAGAAGGGAAAGUAUAUUACAAGUUAUCGAACUUGGACGAUCGUAUAAAAAACCCUGAUCAGAUGAUAACACACGAUAUUCAACGAUUCUCAUCUCACCUCGCGGCCAUCUAUGCUAAUCUUGCAAAACCCAUUCUCGAUGUUAUUUUGUACAACUACCAACUCUCUCAGAAUGUUGGUGCAGAAGGUCUCUUCAUACUCACCAUCUUUGUUCAAUCGUCUGCCGCUUUGCUUCGCUACUUAACUCCAUCUUUUGGAUCAUAUACUGCUCAGUCCGCUGCUCUGUCGGGCUCUCUUCGACACACCCACUCUCGACUGGCAGAGUUCGCUGAAGAGAUAGCAUUCUUUGGUGGUGAAGAGACCGAGAAGCUACUGAUAGAGCAGGAGUAUGCUACCCUUGUCAAGCACGAGAACCGUGUCCUUCGAAGGAAAUGGUGGUUUGGGUGUGUGGAAGAAGGUGUUAUCAAAUGGUUGUGGGGAAGCUUUGGUCUUGUGACAUGCGCGAUUCCUGUGUUUUUCAAGAUACCAGGGGUAGCCGGGUUAGACCUUGGGAGUAGAACAGAGGGUUUCGUUACCAAUAGACGGCUUCUUCUCUCUGCUUCAGAUGCUAUUGGUCGGGUGAUGUACUCUUACAAAGACUUAUCAGAGCUAGCAGGGUAUACCGCCCGUGUUUCGCUCCUACUGGACACCAUGGCAGAUGUUCGCAAGGGUCGCUUUGAGAAGGCUCUCGUAAGCAGUGCCGAAGUCGGAGAGCAUGCAAAGAUUUUACGAGGCCGUGGACAAGUGUUCGAUUCAGACGAGAUCCGUUUCGAGGGAGUACCCAUCGUCACGCCUAAUGGUGAUAUCUUGAUUAAGAGCCUAAGCUUCUACGUCAAGCCGGGAGAACAUUUAUUGAUAGUCGGGCCCAAUGGAUCUGGAAAAUCUUCGUUGUUCCGCAUUCUUGGUGGAUUGUGGCCCGUUUACGGUGGUAUCGUUCGUAAACCGGCUGCAUCCCAAUUUAUCCUUAUUCCUCAGCGACCAUAUCUCUCCCUUGGAACUUUGCGUGAUCAGAUUAUAUAUCCACAUUCGAGACAGGAAAUGGAAGAUCGUGGUGUUACAGAUGCAGACCUUCUGGCCAUAUUAUCAGUCGUGGAAAUGGAUAGUCUCGUAGAGCGCGAAGGCGGCUGGGAUGUAGCACGAGAGUGGAGGGACGCAUUGAGUGGUGGCGAUAAGCAGAAGAUUGCAUGGGCCAGGUUAUUCUACCACCAACCCAAGUACGCGAUUCUGGACGAGGCGACAUCGCUAGUUCCACCUGAUAUGGAGGGCAGCAUGAUGGUGCAUGCGACGACACUUGGAAUUACACUACUCACUGUGUCACAUCGGCCCUCAUUGUGGAAGUAUCAUGGGAUGAUACUCCAUUUUGAUGGGCAAGGUGGUUAUGUAUUCACGAAGCUUGAUGCAGAGAAGCGCCUUGCGCUGCAAGAAGAGAAACAGGCGCUGGAAGCCAAAUUACUUGAAGUACCGAAGAUGAAGGCACGCCUUACAGAGUUACGCGCAGCUGUGGAGGAAAGGGACAGACAAAUUUGAUUGUAGGCUUGUAUGUUUGACCAAGAUUGUGGACAGUAUGUAUGGUAGCUCUUGUGAUAUUAGUAGUAUGAUUCCAUCCAGUUGUUUUCUGCGCAGUAAAUAUAUUUAGCAGAAAAAGGCUAGUCGUCAAACCAUACGUUUAGCGGUUAUUGUUAUGCAUGGUAAUUGGCUAAUGUAUGUGGACGAUACCUAGAUAUGAUACCGUUUUAUGAACGGCACUAUCGACCUCUCAAAGCUAUUCCGACAAAGCCAGUCAGGUGCCAUUACCAGUCAGUCGGCCUUUCGAAGUAUUUUUCCCUGGCUUCCCUGCUAACUAUGUGCACCGCGAAGUCGCCGGCAUCAAUCAUGGCCCAUCCAUUGUGCAUUCGUCGUUUCGAGUUGGGUGGUAAAGGGAGAGGUGGUUGCAUGGUCAGGAGAGUUUUUCGCACUAAACGGAUGACAGACUCUAUCGACCCUCUAUUUUCAGUACCUUCUUUUACUUGUGCUAAAAAGACCCAACUCCAGAUUCCUCCAGGCUCUUCAGUAAGUCCUUCGCCUGAAUAUGUCCUCCCGCGUUGCCGUUUCCCUUUUGGAAUUGUUUUAGGUAGCGGUGGCCCGGGAGGCAUGGCUGUAUGUUCGCGCACAAUGAGCGAGGAAGGGUCGAGAUAUGGCGACUGGUGAAGGUGGACGUAAAGCUGCUUGACGUGAGCUGGGAUAUUUUCGGGCAAGUCUUGAGGGUUUGGAGCUAGAUGAGGGGGUGCAUGUCGGACAGGAAGAGGCUCUGGGUCGACGAACCAUGGUGUUUGGGAAGAUGUACCAAUGGAUUGCGUGGUAUAAUGGUGUUUAUUAACAAAUAGCGUCCUUGUAUAAGGUCUUGCGAUGCAUGACCUAGCUACGUUUCUUGCUUGAGAACGAAAGGUCUGCAUUGUGGUCUGCGAAGACUGGUUUUCUUC